AUGGCGGGUUUGAUUUUACUGGAUCCAAGCUCUGAUUUGUUGUUCUUUUUGCAGCAGGAAGACGAUGCGAUGUUCCCUCAUUCGGCUUUCGCCUACAGUUCCCAACCAAUGGAAGUAACAAGUAAAGGUGAGGUUGCUGUCUGGGUUCGGGAUAAUUUGGCAGAUGACUCGAAAAAGGAAGCAUGUUAUGUUGGACUUAAGAACGAAUCUGCAACCCGUUACAUGCAUCCACUCCUUCAGACUUUGUACCAUAUCCCCUGCUUUAGAAAGGCUGUGUACCAAAUUACAACCAUGAACGAUAUGCCAUCAGAGAUCCCUCGGAUUAUGCAGAGCUUAUUCUAUAAGCUUCAGUACAGUAACUACAUUGUUGGGACGAGAUCUCUGGAUUAUUCCUUUCUGGGGGGCACUCGUGGUGUUGGUUCCAUGCGACUUGAUGCACUGGGACUUAGUAGUGAACUUUUCCGAAUUCUGGAAGAUAAACUGAAGGAAACUAAUAUGAAGGGUACAAUUCAACAGUUGUUUGAAGGGCACUAUAUGGACUACAAGUCUACAAGAAAGGAGUCAUUUGUCGGCCUUCAGCUUGAUGUCAAAGGUUGUAGAGACGUCCAUGCUUCUUUUAAUAAGUAUGUUGAGGGUGAUAAUGAGAACAGUCCUGUGCAACAUGGACACCGGGUAAGAUGCUAUCUGUUCAUAGUUAAUGGUGAGCAGUAUAGUAAUGUGGGAGCAUCUCAGGCUUUAAACUCACAGAUUACAGAGGCUUCCAUGUUAUGA